CAAAACGUGCUGGGGGAGGGAGACCGAGUGGGUCAGGCAGCAUCUAUGAGAUCUUUUUCCAGACGUUGCCCGGCCAACUGGGCCUUUUCAGCACUUUAGUUUUGCUUGAUUUACAGUUUGACUCUGCCGUCUAUGGUGUUUGGUUUCGUUUCGUUUCCCGCUUUCUACAGGGGACCAGCCUGCAGCAGGAAGGGCUGGUUUCAUCACGGUCGCCGCCCAAAUCAGCCGCUGCAGCAACGCCGUCACCAAGGGCCUAAAUCGCUGAAGAAAUGGCGACGCGGAACUACGCAGUAAACCUUGGAAAAAUACCAGCAGGUUGGAUGAACAAAAUGAUGAAUUGUACUGAGAAACCACCAGAACGGAAUGGCUUUGCUAUCCGUUACGUGACUGGUGAUUUGUUCAAAUGUCCACCAGAAGAAUCACUGGCACACUGCAUCAGUGAAGACUGCCGUAUGGGGGCAGGGAUAGCAGUUGCAUUCAAGGAGCGGUUUGGAUGUGUUAAGCAGCUACUGGACCAGAAAAAGAAAACUGGAGAAGUGGCAGUGCUGAAGAAAAACCAAGGAUACAUUUACUAUCUGAUUACUAAAAAGAGAGCCUUUCAUAAACCAACUUACGAAAGCCUACAGAGAAGCCUGGAGGCCAUGAAGAAGCACUGCAUCAGUAAUGAAGUCAUGCGCAUCUCAAUGCCCAGGAUUGGAUGUGGGUUGGACAAACUCAGUUGGAAUGAAGUUGCUGUGAGAAUUCAGGAGGUCUUUAAGAACACAAAUAUUGUUAUCACUGUGUACUCUCUGGGGAAUCCUGCGGUUGGGUUUCCUCAACCCUGUAAGAAGCGCAAGUCUACUUCAGAUGGGUACAAACAUGGUCAGUCGAAUAAAUAUUUUGUCUUGCUAUCAAAAGCCAUAACUGCUAAGUAGUAUUUCUGUUAACAGAUCCUGAAACAUUGUCUCAAUAUAUGACAGUAGAUAUCUGAAGAGCAGUAUUCAGUUUUAAAUGUAAAGCAGGAAAUCCUGAGCUGCCAACCUCUAUGUACAUUGACAAUAGCAUUUCUACCUGCAUGUUAAUCAACACAGGACACAUUAUUGUCCCCUGCUUUAACCCUUAAAUCUAAUGCUUUGUAGGUUUUCUCCUACAAACCAAAGCUGUUGUAAAUAAUAACUUCUUGUAGAUGAGUAGGUGUCUUUUUUUUUAUUGGUAAAAUGUUUUUGAAUGGUGAAUUAAAGGCUGUAUAAAUAAAACAAGCUACUUUUGCACAUCA